CAUAAUUGCCGUCAUAAACUACAUAUUACUUUUGCUAAGGAGAUACAUGAAGUUCGUACCAAAGGACAAAAGGAAACUAAUUGCACUGACGAUGAAUUGUCACAGGGUUUGGAGAACCAUCUGCUUUUUAAGUUGUUGUGAUCAGUUCUCUACAGGAACAAAGACCUAUUAAUCUUCUAAAAACACCCGAUCAUUUAUCCAUUCAGCAGAGAACAAAGAAAACAGAAGUACAAGAUUCGUCCCCCUCUUCCACUUUGCAGCACAUAGAAUGAGGGACCAUUUUCCUGCCGUAUUUACCCAGAACAGGGACCACUCCCCUUGCUAUCCCAGGAGACACAAGCCCAAGUCCAGAAUCUGAAGAUUCUACAUUGAAAAUGCUCAAAUAGGACAUAACUGUUCUAAGUUAACAACUAAUUUCCAGUCAGUGAGUAAUUUUUUUUCCCUGAAACAUCCACUCAGCGGAAAACAAAUGAAGAGGGGAAAAAAUUAAGUAAACAAAUCUGAAAACGAGGCCACGACACACGAGAGAUGGAGGCGCCUCUAUACUUAACAGCGGAGAGAAGACAGCGCUCCCAGGUUUAUCUUAAACAAAAGAGUGGUUUCAACUGACGCUGACGGAGCCUCACCCGAUGAAUGACUUCCAGUGCCUCUGGCUCUUUGGGACCAAAGGAGAGAAUUAUUUUUAGCACAACUAUUUGGAAAUCUCUGAGAACUUGGAUCUGUUUUUCUGUCUGGUACCAAAGCAAGAUUUUCUCUGAGCUCUCAUGAAAGAUCUUCAGUCUAUUGUGGAUUUAGAAUUCUGGAGCAACCCCCAUCCCAGAGCAAGAGCCAAAGAUGUUUGUCUUGCUCUAUGUUACAAGUUUUGCCAUUUGCGCCAGUGGACAACCGCGGGGUCAUCAGUUCAAAGGAGAGAGCUACUCCCCAAGGUAUAUCUGUAGCAUUCCUGGCCUGCCCGGGCCUCCAGGCCCCCCCGGAGCGAACGGUUCCCCCGGGCCCCACGGUCGGAUCGGCCUUCCAGGACGGGACGGUAGAGACGGCAGGAAAGGAGAGAAAGGUGACAAGGGGGCUGCAGGUUUGAGAGGUAAGACUGGACCCCUGGGCCUUGCUGGAGAGAAGGGGGACCAAGGAGAGACUGGGAAAAAGGGACCAAUGGGGCCUGAGGGGGAGAAAGGAGAAGUAGGUCCUCCUGGGCCUCCUGGACCAAAGGGAGACAGAGGAGAGCAAGGCGACCCGGGGCUGCCUGGAGUGUGUAGAUGUGGAAGCAUCGUGCUCAAAUCUGCCUUUUCUGUUGGCAUCACAACCAGCUACCCAGAAGAAAGGCUGCCGAUCAUAUUCAACAAGGUCCUCUUCAACGAGGGGGAGCACUACAACCCAGCAACGGGCAAGUUCAUCUGUGCCUUCCCAGGGGUCUACUAUUUUUCUUACGAUAUCACAUUGGCAAAUAAGCACCUGGCCAUCGGGCUGGUACACAAUGGGCAGUAUCGGAUAAAGACCUUUGAUGCCAACACAGGAAACCAUGACGUGGCUUCAGGGUCCACAGUCAUCUAUCUGCAGCCAGAAGAUGAAGUCUGGCUGGAGAUAUUCUUCACUGACCAGAAUGGGCUCUUCUCAGACCCAGGUUGGGCUGACAGCUUGUUCUCUGGGUUUCUCCUGUAUGUUGACACAGAUUAUCUAGACUCCAUAUCAGAAGACGAUGAACUCUGAUGAGGACUGCUGGCCUGAAUGUCCCAAGAUCCUUAUGGCAGACACUUUGAUUUAAUCUGGGGCCCUGGAAGUUGGAAGGAGUGGAAAUGAGAUCCAAAAAGACUCCCACUCAGAUUCCAGAGCAUUUACAGACAGUUCUAGCAGAAUCUGUUAAAACAAAUUGAACCACCAAACCAUUGAAACCACACCAAAAUGAAUUAUAUAAAACAAAAACCCCAGAUAUGUUCUCUCAAAAGUGAUGUUCAUAAAUAUUUAAACAAAUUAAAGACAAUGUUACAAAUUUUCUAUUAAAUUCCUGAGUGCUAAAACCAGCUGGCAAUGAUAUUGUCUCAUUAAAUCUCCAUAAAAUUUCCUUUUUUGCCUGUUAUUUGAGAAAAUCAAAACAUCCCAAAGUCCUUGACAAGUCUCAAAAGACUGUAAUAAGUAAAAACACAAAGGUGAGAGAUGCCAAGUAAUUUCAAACAAAAUAAAGUGAUUAUUUUGCUGUAUUAUUUUUUCCUUCAUUCUUCUAUAUAUUCACUCAACAAUUCUUUAAUGAGACUGUAGGAUCCAGACACUAUACUGCUGGGUCAGAUUUAAUAAUGAGUUAAGAUAAAAUUCCUAGGCUAAUGUGUAUUGAGCAUACUGUCAUAGUUCAGUAUGAUAAGUGCCAUGGCAAAUAGGUUGACUCAAUGCUGGAGGCACACGUGACUUGCUAUUCCUAGGGGUUGAAACCAGAGAAGAUUUUACACCUGGAAGAAAACUGUGUGUGCUAAGAUGUGUAUUUUUAAAUAGGUGGGAGAUAUGCAAAUAAAACAAGGAAUUUAACAGCUAUAGUCUCUCCCAUCUCAUCUUCAAAACACCAGUGGUAUUUGCAAUCAGGAAGGGGUGAAAAAAAUCUAGAGAUACCCUGGGAGUGGUAAUGGAAGUGAAGAGAAACAGGUUUCAGAGAUUAGUCAGUAGGUCAUUUUCUUAAAUUCUUUAUCAUGAUAGUGUCUCAGGACAAACAUUUGUCGUUUUAGGUUUAACACAGGUAAGGGCACGGCUUUACAUCAUAAUAAUAUAUUGUUUCUCAUGGGUUUCCCAGGUAGUGAAUUCUAAUAAAGCAAAGCAUAUGACCACUGAUUUACGAAUGAGUUAAUGGAAGGAGCGAACAGGAGGAAGGGAGGGCAUGACCAAACAUCUGAGCAAAUAACUGUCCUGUCUAAGUCUCACUCACCCUUUAGUUCCACUGUUCUCAGUGUCAACAUCUUUCCCCAGUGACCUGCAAUUCCUCAGACAGUCUUGCCCAUAAUACCCUCACGCCCACUCCCCUGGCCGAUAGUAAUGGUAUUCCCUAGCUCCCUCUUUUUUUGGCAUCCUGUCCAUCCUUCCACGUUCUUUGCUCAUUCAUAUAAUAAAUAUCAUUCAAUGUC